AGCAUUGCUGAUGUGCCUGAGGUUGCCUGCUUCUUCUAUGUUGUCCUGUGCGUCCAGCAGCAUCACCCUGGCAGAUCUGACUGCUGCAAUUCCCCACUGAGGCAGGGGUGUUUCCCAAGCCCCUUUCAACCUGUGCCACCAGCAGCUGGUUAGGGAAAGAGGAUAUGGGCCAGCCAAAGCUCCGUUGCUCCUUUCUCUCCCUCUCACUCCCAGGUGUUAGAUGUGAGGCUUGCUUGGUCCCUAGCUACAAGGCUUUGCCAAUUGCUUUAGUGGUCCCAAACCUGCCCUGGGAAAGACGCCUUGCCCCAGAGAGGCCAUCAGGCAGCGGGCAAGCUGAGAUGGCAGAGGCCAGCAGCAUGGGGAGAGGAUCUGCAUCUGACUGAGGCCAGGGGAAGAGCAGGUGACAGAAACCUUUCAUUUUCUUCCAUGUGGCAGGAAUCUCUGAAUUUGUUCCUCCAAGCUGUGCUGUAGUACUUCAGCAUUCAAAAAGGCACAAGUGUGACCUGGGCAUCUCUUGGGAUUGCUUUGUAUCAGUUUUGCUUCAGAUCAGAAAUUGUAUGUCCUGCCAGCUGCUCUUGUGCCAGCUGAGUACCUGCAGCCAGGGACAGAUUCUAGCUGAAAUGAAGUGUGCUGUGCCUGGGUGCUGGAGUACUGGGUCAUGUCAGCAAAGACGUGAAGUCCUUACGUGUCACUGGGUUGACAGGGAGCAAACUGCAGGGCAAUUAUCUCUGACCUGAGCCAGAGCAACUGCAGUAGAAUACAGGUGUUAAUCCAGGACUGUAGAGCUUUAAAAUGAUGCAAAGGACAGGGAAGAAAUGUGUCCUAUAGGUUCAACAGGCCUGCAACCAAACCCUGUUAGAACAGCUGGUAGUGUAAAUGUGUGCCGAUUUUGUUUAAUUUUCCAUUUCCACAGGCCCUGAGCUCAGCCUGCUGACAAACUAUGAUAUGGAGCUCCCUUUCUGUGGCACUGGGCCCUCACAGUGCUGCAAACUCUUUUCAGCAGGCAGUAUUUUCGCGUGGGGAAGGCAGGGAGAUUGCUCUCAGGCCCCUUGUGCAACCUGAAGAGAUCAAAGUUCAGUGAGAUGGGCUCAGGUAUAGGGAGCUUGAGACCCUGAACCAAAUCACUGCUGAUUUGAGACCAAUGUGUGUGCACCCCUUGCUCCACACCUCCUUUACAUACCUGUACCACCCUUCCUCAUGUUUCUCUCCCCCUGGUCCCCAGCCCUGGUUUCCACCUCUUCCUUGGCCUUCUGCAGGCAUCUCUGCUGAUGCCUCCACUCCACUCGGGAUUAAACUCCAAGCGGUUUAACCCUGCUCAGGCUUUCAAGUCCUCCUCACUGGCAGAUGUCUCUCUGCUCAGCUGCGGGCCAGAGCAGGAACAGCCUCUCUCCUGUGGGCACAUGCGGGCUUGUCCUGCUCCUCUUCUCACCAGACGCACUGACCCUCUCACCUCCGCAUCUCUCCGGUCCCUUGCCAGCCAACUCCCUGCACUCUGCCUGCUUCCAGGCCAAGCUCAGCAGCAGACUGCAAAGCUGUCUGGGGAACAGACUGUGGAGUGCUGGAGUCCUGGGAAGGCAGGAGGGUCAGACAAUGGCACACUGGUAAUGCAUAAUGCCAGUACUCACUGACUUGUAGGCAUGUUAAUAUCGAAUUGAGGCAAAUCCUCCCGCUCUUUAUUGCUUCAAGGCCUUCCAGCCUUGGUCUGAUCUACAGCUCUAGGCAGCUUUUAGCCCAGAAAGCAGAGGAUAUUUUGCUGAGUGGAACAUAGAGGCAGAUGCCACUUUUUGAGGAUGCAGUUCCCACCCCAGGCUUCCUUACCUACCCCACACCCCUGUAUGCUGCUCAGGCAGUCCUGAGUCUGGAGCUGUCUCCCUCUGCACCAUGCAAUAGGUAGGAGAUCCACAUAUUUUACCUCAAAGUAGGGGACUAUCCUAUCCCAUCUCAUUUUCAUACACACCUAGCCCCAAAAAUGCUUCCAGCCCUGGGUCAUGGCCCACCUCUCACUUCUACCCUUACUAGGCUGCCUUGUUGCAGUCACAAACUACCCCACUGCCCACUGAUUCACUCCAGCCCCUUUCCACAUUGCUGUUUCCACCCGGAGCAGUGACCCACCUCUACCAUUUCUCUGCCCGAAUUCCCUUGCCCUGGCUCCCUGCCUGCAGCCCCAGCCAGGCAGGGAUGCCCCAGCUUGGACUGAGCUGGCCGGGGCUGGUGCAAACGGGGUCUGAACCUGCUGUUCAGUGCCAUCAUAUUUCCAUCCCUCGUCCUUUGCUGGAGAUAAAUGCUGCACAAGGGCCUCUGCUGGUGCUGAUGCCUCACGGCACUGGUAGGUGAAGGGUGAGGCAGCUGCACCGCCCCACCCGGGGGUUUCAGAGACAGAGCAACGACCACAGCCAUCCCCACUUCCUUCCUGGAGGUUUAUUUCUUCUGUUUGGGGGGAUUUUCCCCCAGCUCCGAGGGUCCCUGGAGUCUGACAGGAAGAUGCCAGGGGCAUUGAACAUCUCUUCUGACAGGCCAGAGCUACGAGCAGCAGGGAUUAUUGUGCCCAUCAUCUUUUCCCUCAUCUUCCUUGUGGGUACUGUGGGAAAUGGGCUAGUGUUGGCUGUGCUGCUGUGGAAUGGCCAAGUCAAGUACUCCACCACCAACCUCUUCAUCCUCAAUCUGGCUGUGGCUGACCUGUGCUUCAUCAUUUGCUGUGUCCCCUUCCAAGCCACCAUUUACACCCUGGAUGGGUGGCUCUUUGGGGCUUUUGCCUGCAAGAUUGUGCAUUUCCUGAUCUACUUCACCAUGUAUGCCAGCAGCUUUACCCUGGCUGCUGUCUCUGUUGACAGGUACCUGGCCAUUCGCUAUCCACUAAAAUCCCGGGAUCUCCGCACGUCCCGAAAUGCAGGAGUGGCCAUUGUGGUAAUCUGGUCACUGUCGCUGCUCUUCGCAGGGCCUUACCUCAGCUACUACCAGAUAAUCCAUUACCAUGGUGUGCCCAUCUGUGUCCCCAUCUGGGAGGACCAGCACCGAAAGGUUCUAGACAUCCUCACGUUUGUAGUUGGAUACCUGCUGCCUGUGAUUGUGAUGAGCCUGGCCUACUCUAGGACCAUCAAAUUCUUGUGGACUUCUGUAGACCCCAUAGAAAGAAUCUCAGAGUCUCGGAAAGCCAAGAGUAAGGUCACCAAGAUGAUUGUCACAGUGGCCAUUCUGUUCUGCCUCUGCUGGCUGCCCCACCACCUGGUCAUCCUCUGCUUCUGGUUUGGCCACUUUCCUUUCAACCGGGCCACUUAUGCUUUCCGCCUGGCUUCCCACUGCCUUUCCUAUACCAACUCCUGCCUCAAUCCCAUUGUCUAUGCCCUCAUCUCCAAGCACUUCCGCAAGCGUUUCAAGCAGGCCUUCACCUGCCUCUUCUUCCAGAACAAGACCAGGAAAAAGAAGAAGAAGAGAGUUGGAAGGAAAGUCCAUAUGAUCAGUAUGGAAAGAGGUUUUGUCAACAGAACAGGAGCUUUCUAUAGAGGCAACACUGAGAUGACAGAAGUCCCAGAGGAGAACACCAGGAAGAGGGACCAUGAAGGUACCAGUCAUGCCAGAGCAUGGACUCAGCAGGUACAAGAUGUUUCAGUCUCUGUUCAGAAGGAACUACAGGAGGAGGAAAUUUUGGCAAUAGCUGGCCAUUCCUUAGAUGUGACCCCUCUGAGACAAACUGUUGGACAAGAACAAGAAGAAGCCCUAGAAAAGGGCUAGAGAGGCAAGAAAAAAUCUUUAUUUGCAUCACAUUUUCUGACCACAUCACAGUGGUUUUGCUUUCCUCCAGGAUCAGCUCGCCCAUGCCUUAUCCCCACUGAGAUGGUUUUAUGUUGGCAGUGAGAGAUGAGCUCACUCAUUCAGACCCGUUAAACUGAGUUCAAGUCCCCCAGAACUCCUCAAACACCUCCUCCAUGAUCCUGUAGCCAUGUCUGAGACCUGCCAUCAUCCCAGCUCAAUAUUCACAGUAAAAUUUAAGUGACUGCAACAGCCUUCCUUCUCUUUAAUUACG